UGCCGUGCGACUGUCGAGAGACGCACUGGCGGUGUCGACGGACGUGCGAGAGUUUUGGUUUUCGCGCCAGACUGCUUUUCACCGAGGGAGGCUCUUUCAUCCGUUUGUCCUCGGGGCAAAAAGGGACCUCGACUAGUCUGUUCCGUCGUGUAUUGUCUCGAACAACGGUGGUACAGUGAUCUCCCGUGGCGGGAGUAAAAUAAAAAAAAAAUUCCACAGUUUCGGAGUCGUAUCUCUCUUCGCACUCGAGACGUGGAAAGGAGAGAAGAAUCUCGAUUUAAAAUCUUCGACCGCGCGCAGGAAACCAUUGAUACCGUCAGGUGCACGCGGUCCACGCACACACGCACGUACGUUUCUGCACAUACGUUCGCCGCCCCGUGCUGGAAUGGGGUCUCGGUCUCAUCUUCUUCGUGCGCGAGUUUAAAAACGCGAUGAUCGCGCGCGGAUCGAAGCGCGUCGUCGUUUCCGCCUGAUGUCUUCGUCGGGCCAAAGUGUCAUCGUCGCUGAUGUAAGGUUGCCAGCGAGUAUCCGCCCGAGAACGAUCGACAGAUCCGGACGGUAGCGACCGACGACGACGAUCGAGGGUUGAAUUUUUGCGAAACGAGUGCGAUGAAGAAUGGUGCAUGGAGCGUCUCACUCUCUCGUCGCCGACGCUUUAAUAGUGCAGUGAAUGUCAUUCGGAUGUGCGCGCGUGUUGUGUCACGAUCCCCUGUGAGAAUAUAUAAAUAAAUAAUAAAUACGCAGCGCACGCCGCGAGAGAUAACCGAGUGAGAUAAAUUACACUGACGAUGCGUAUAUUAUUUGAUUGCCGCCUUCGGUGAGAGUUUCGGAAUACAGGGAAGGGAUUUCGCGACGACGGAGCAGCGGAUGAGAAUCUCUCCGCGAGUGUGAAACACGUGUGAAAUUACUAUCCUCGUGUGAAGUUACUCUCUCUCUCUCUCUCUCUCUCCCCGUCUCUGUAUAAACUCCAUCUCCUGUAAUCAUGGAUAGAAAGCCGAGGAUCAACCGCCGUACGCAGAUCGCGAUAAUGAACCUAUUGCUGCUCUGCACCGCGCCCAUCCAUGCACGCGUCGACGAGACGCAAAUGGACACGCACGAGGGCUCGACGGUGCAGCUGCAAUGUCGAUUUCCGCCGCCGCGGGAAAACGUCACGUGCUUCUGGCUGACCCAUACGAACAACAAUCUCGACAACGCGGCGAUCGAGAAUCGCUCGUUGUCGCCGAACUACAAAGUGUUCAUGAACCUGGAGGAGGGCCGUUACGAUCUGCAGAUCAGGAACGUGUCCUACGAGCGCGACAACGGCAAAUACGAGUGCAGGGUGAAGGUCAGCAGCACCGGGACCGAUCUUCAUAGAAAGUACAUCACCCUGACGGUACUGAGGGCACCUGGUCCGCCGUCGAUAUCGCCUACUUCCGCACCAGCUACGGAGGGUCAGCGACUCGAGCUUCAGUGCAACACUUACGGUGGCAGUCCCGAACCGGAAGUGAGAUGGUACCGCGGCAACAGCACUAUACCGCUGCACACCGGUAAAACCCUGAUGGUGGAACCCACGCGAGAGGACGACCGCGCGAUCUUCCGGUGCGUCGUGAGAAAUCGGGCGAUGCGCGAAGGCGAAACCUUGGAUGCCUCGGUGACGCUAGACGUCAACUACUUCCCGCGCGUGACUAUCGGCCCGGAGAACCCGCUCAAGGUCGAGGUGAACGGGACCGCGACUCUCAAAUGCCACGUGGACUCGAAGCCGAUGGUCGGCAUGGUCCGCUGGUGGCGGGAUGGCAGUUUUAUCGCCACCAAUUUCAAGCACGUGAUACCUAAGGUGACGCUGCAGGAUGUUGGCACGUACACCUGUCAGGCGGACAACGGACUCGGUAAGCGCACCGACGCCUCCCUGGUUCUGGACGUACUCUAUCCACCCACGGUGACGAUCGAGGGAGAUACUUUCCGAGUGGCCGACGUAGAGGACACCGUGACCGUACACUGCAACGUGUCCGGCAAUCCGUUUCCGUCGGUGAUCGAGUGGCUGCGAGACGGUCGGCCGGAAUUCAGACAGUCGGGCCCGAUUUUGCGAUUGACCCGGGUCACGGCGGAGCAUGCCGGUAAUUACACGUGUCGCGCGGUGAACACGAUCCAUCCCACCGGUGGCGAACGCAGGAAUCAUUCGGCACAUUCCACCGUCACCAUUCGAGUGCGACACAAGCCCGGUCCGGCGAGAGUGACUCCGGAUUCACCGGUCGCCGUCGAGGGCUCCCGGGUGAUACUCACGUGCAUGGCCAGUCCGGCCGGCUAUCCUGAGCCGCAGUACAAGUGGUGGAAGGAGGGCGAAGGCGGCACGAUCCUGAUGCCGACCCCGUCUGGUCCGAAGUACGAGAUCGACUCGGUGCACCUCGGCAGCGAGGGCACUUACAAAUGCCACGCGAUCAACGAGAUCGGCAUUGGCGAAGCUGCAUCGGUGAAUCUAACUGUUCAUCAGCCGCCGAAGAUACUCACUAAACUACAACCUCAUGUCACGAGAAAAGUCGGCGAGUCGUCGUUUCAAGUAUCCUGCGUAUCGCAGGGCAAGCCGCGACCUAGCGUGCGCUGGCUGAAGGACGAUCAAGAAUUAACGGCCGACGAGAGGCUCUACAAAGUAAUUACGACGGCGUCGGAGGGCCACGGUAGCGUAAUAACCGUAAAUUCCACGUUGAGCUUUUUGGGUCACGCUCGUCCGCAGACCGACGAAAUCGUGGCGGGCGAUCGCGGCAAGUACACCUGCGUCUUCAUGAACGAAGUGAAGAAAGUCGAGUCCACGAUGAUGCUCAAGGUGGAGCACGAGCCGAUAGUACUCCAUCAACACGGCAAGGUGGCCUACAAUCUUCGGGAGACCGCCGAGGUGGCCUGCAAGGUCCAAGCGUGGCCAAAGCCCGAGUUCCAGUGGAGCUUCGGUACCAACGCCGCGACUCUUCAGGGUUCGUCCAGCGACGGUCAUUACGAGAUUACCACCACGAGCGACAACUACGACGCGUACACAUCCGUCCUGAGAAUGACCAAUAUCCGCGAAUCUGAUUACGGCGAUUAUACCUGUCGCGCUGCCAAUGCUCAAGGUAGCGUCACGUCUACCAUCAGAUUGCAGCCAAAGGGUGCGCCGGAAAGACCGACUAACAUCACUGCCAUGGAAAUCGGACCUACAUACGUUGCUCUUUUAUGGCAACUGGGUUUCGACGGUGGCCUUCCUAUCACCAAGUAUUUUGUUUCGUACAGAAGAGUGGCCGGUGGUGAUGAGAUAGUUGCGCCGGAUUGCGCGCCUCCUCGUGGACCGGCCGGUCAGUGGCUCGAGCUCGAUUGUCGACGAUCGAAUCCGUGUAACGUGAGCAAUCUGGAGCAACAUCAGACUUACACCUUCAAGGUGAAGGUCUACAAUACUAAAAAUCAUUCCGAUUAUUCCGAUGAAGUGUCCGCCACUACGGCGGUGGCGAAGAUACCUACGCCGCUACGAGUGAGUUUCGAUCCUGAGAGCGGCACACUCGCUAUUAACGUAGGUGCCACGUGCCUGGCAUUGGUGGCGUCUAUCGAGAAGUUCGACGGAGGCUCUGAUAGUUCGUGGAGAAUCGUCGACGAGUGGCCUCUCGAAGUUCUCGGGGCUGCGCCCACUCAAAGGGAGGGAAUAUUGGACGAUCCCGAAGCAGCAGAUUCGGAACCUCGUCUCAGAGUUAGACUCUGCCUCAAAGCGGAUCGACAGAAGUGUGGCGAGUACGCGGAAGCCGAAAUUGGACCAUCCUACAUCGCGCAAUCCGGUGCACUCGCAACGCCAACUUUAAUCGCACUGAUAGUGAGCGGAGCAGUUUUUAUACUCUUUGCAGCAUUGUUACUGCUGUUCUGCCGGUGCCGACGAAAACACGCGACGAAGGCGAAAGAUUACGAAAUGGACUCGAACGCCGUUCGCCCGAGUCUCGUGGCAGGUAAUGGCCAACAAACACAACCACCGCCACCCUACUAUGCCGAGAAUAAAGCUCUGGAGCACAGCUUGGAUCAUGCCUUAGCUCUGGAAGAUUCGAAGACUCCCGCUUACUCGCAGUCGGGAUAUGGUUAUCAUCAACCUAAUCAUAACAUCAACGGCGUGAAUAUGGGCUACAUGGAUAAUAGUUACUCGAAUUCCAACAACGGUGGUUCCGUGAACUCGCAGGAUUCCAUAUGGCAGAUGAAGUCCGCGGCGGCAAAUGGCGUUAAUCAGCCCUACGAUCUUGCCGGAUAUGGCACUACGGAAUCCGAUUACCCCACGCAUCCUCAUUAUCUACCGCAACGGGAGAAUUACAGGGAGAGCCAUAAUCUGAGCCGACAGCAGUUCUGUGCGGAGCCCUUUGCCACCGUCGUCAAGUCUCAGAAACACGUUGAUUCACCUUACGAUGUGUCGGGAUUGCCAUAUCAGGAGAAUUACGACGAAGAUACAAAACCGCCGCAACAAGUCAGUUUAUCGUACGACGAGAGUCUGGAAUCGGGCUACUCCACGCCGAACAGACGUAGAAUCAUUAGGGAGAUAAUCGUUUGAGACCUGCCUACCGGCU